AUGAGGAAGAAAAUCGUGAUUCAAAAGAGUCCAAGGGCAAAAAUUCUCAAACUCCCUGAGAAAUCUAGGCCUUCUCCUCACUCCAAAGAUCAUACUUUCACACCUUCACCAUCUCCUCCUCGCACCGAUCCAAUGACAUGCACCAAAACCGCUCCUAGGUAUCCCUCUUCUUCCAAGCCUACAACUCCACCAAGUGCUCCCUCAAAACCAAGCACUUCGAAGGGAAAGCGACCAACAACUGAGGAGCCAGCGCCUGAACCAUCGCGACCUAAGUCUAGGUCUGCACUUCAGCGUUCUCAAAGAGGUAACCCUCAUCACCCUCUCAAAUCGGUUAAAGAGCCUUCCAUUGACCCUUUUGAACACAAAGCACAAUUCAUGACCUCUCACUCUAAUUACAACCCCACCGUUUUUGAUUUGCCAUGA